CACGAAGGUUGGUGGAGGGAUUUGUCACUGCGGCGGAGCAGGCAUGAAUCAAUCCAGGAUUCCAGGAUCUGCUGGUAAGUGGUAGGGAUCUUCAUGAGGCCAUUUCCAAUGGAAAACACAAUUAUUUUAAAAGAAAACCCCGUACCACAACUUGAUGGGAUUGAUGUAAACAGGCCUAUUGGCUUGACACUGGACACAUUUGCUUCAAACGAAGAGAGAAUUCAAUUGCAAGUGAAAGAUUUGACCUUAGACACAGCUACAUUAAAGUUUCUACUAACACAGCAGUCUCCAAGUGAUGGUGGUAUUCAAUUUGUCACCCAGCAAGAUAGCAGCUUACAAGAGCCUGAUGUGCAUUCACAGGGAGUGAAUAUUCAUAUCACCAACUUGGGAAAUGAUCUACAAGCAGCUACCAGUCAAGAUUCAAGUGCAGCUGGAAUUCAAAGUAAUGGCCAGCUGUAUCAAACAUACCAGGUUCUGGAUAAAGACAUCCUUGGUGAAACAGGGAGUAAGGUAACUAUUGCAAAUAGUUUUGCCGAUGAUGAACAGAAAAAGAAGUUUGUAGCUAGGAAGGUAAAGAAUAUAAAAGCGAAUAUUGAUGAACUGUAUAAGAAGGCUGGAGUUACAGCUAUCAGUCUGGUAGCAUUUGAUGGCGGCGUCCAAAUUUUAGGCUCAGAGCAGAUGAUGUCCCUAGAAGAAAAUCAUGUUUUGAAAAGUGUUUUCUGGAAUGCGUUCGUCAACCAUGAAAGUUCUAUUGGAAAUACAGCAACAAAAAUGCCAGGGAAAAAGUCCAGCGAGAAAGAGAAAGCAACGCUACUAUCUUGGCCUUGCGAUGAGUGCGACAGUUGUUUUUCGACCCAACAUAACCUGGUUAACCACAAGCUUCUUGUACAUAGUGGACUCUCAGCUCAUAAAUGUGAGUUCUGCGGCAAAGAGUUUGUUGACAUUGCUAUACUGCAAAAACAUCUGACCAUUCACACUGACAAAAACUCAUUUCAGUGCAAGGUUUGCGGUAAUUCCUUUGCUGGAAAGAACCUUCUAGACUCUCACAUGAAUGUACACAACGAAGAUAAGCGAUACUCGUGUAAGUUUUGCGGAAAGUCCUUCAACAGCACUUCUAGCUUGCAGUAUCACGUGAACAAGCACACAGGGGACAAGAAAUGUGUUUGUAUGCAUUGCAACAAGGAGUUCACGAAGAUGAGUAGCCUUAAGGUUCACAUGAGGAUCCAUUCUGGAGAACAACCGUAUAGAUGUCAAGAAUGUGGAAAAGGUUUUGUCGUAUCAACGCAUUUAACUAGACAUCUGCGGGUUCACAGUGGAGAAAGACCGUAUCUAUGCGAAAUUUGCGGGAAACGGUUCAACCGCUCUUCGCAUCUUCGUAUUCACUUUAGAAUUCACAGCGGAGAAAAACCGUACGAAUGCGAAAUCUGUGGAAAGAGAUUCAAUCAGACAGUAACAAGGAAAAAGCACCUUAAAACGCAUGCAAAGUAAAAUUGAUACAUCUCUUUAUAUUGUCGUCACUUUAAAUUAGUAACUGAUUAAAUUAGUUUCUUUUUGAGUUGUAGUCCUUGUCUUGUCUGAAUUAUGUGUUGUGAAACAAUUCUUUGUUA